UUGGGGAUGUAGGAACUAGUGGUGGAUCGUUACCGAACAGGUUCGUUAACAUGACCGUGGCCGGAGCUUGACUUGUUACAUGCAAACACUCAGCUUCUACAUUUCUGACGUCUGGCUCUCUUCUCUACAUCUGGGCUCAGGCUGAUGAGAGGCACAAACCAGUCGAGUGUCUCCGAGUUCUUCCUCCUGGGACUCUCCAGGCAGCCCCAGCAGCAGCAGCUCCUCUUCGUGCUCUUCCUGAGCAUGUACCUGGCCACAGUCCUGGGAAACCUGCUGCUCAUCCUGGCGGUCAGCACCGACUCCCGCCUGCACACCCCCAUGUACUUCUUCCUCGGCAACCUGUCCUUCGUGGACGUCUGCUUCUCCUCCACCACCACCCCCAAGAUGCUGGCCAAUCACGUGCUCGGGAUCCAGACCAUCUCCUUCUCUGGCUGCCUCACACAGUUAUAUUUUCUCAUUGUGUUUGCCAACAUGGACAAUUUCCUCCUGGUUGUGAUGGCCUAUGACCGCUUUGUGGCAGUGUGCUACCCCUUACAUUACAUGACAAAGAUGACCCAUCAGCUCUGUGCCCUACUGGUCACUGGGUCAUGGUUAGUGGCCAGCCUGAAUGCUCUGUUGCACACCCUGCUGAUGGCUCAACUCUCAUUCUGUGCAGACAACACCAUCCCCCACUUCUUCUGUGAGGUGUCUCGUCUCCUGAAACUCUCCUGCUCAGACACGCACCUCAAUGAGAUGAUGAUUCUUAUCGCAGCAGGGCCUAUAAUGAUCGCCCCAUUUAUUUGCAUCCUGGUGUCAUAUGUCCUUAUUGCUUGUGCUGUCCUGAGAGUCCCAUCUACAAAGGGAAGAUGGAAAGCCUUCUCCACCUGUGGCUCCCACCUGGCUGUCGUGUUCCUCUUCUAUGGCACCAUCAUAUCUCUCUAUUUCAACCCCUCAUCCUCUCACUCAGCUGAGAAAGAUAUAGCAGCCGCCGUGAUGUAUACAGUGGUGACCCCCAUGCUAAACCCUGUCAUCUAUAGCCUCAGGAACAAGGACAUAAAAGGGGCUCUUGGAAAAGUGAUUGCCAUGAAAUUUUUUUUCACUCAGUAAUGAUAUGGCCUAAGAACAUUAUAGAGGCAACUAAGUUUCCAAGAAAAACCUGUUUGUUUUUUCUACUGUGUGAAACUUACCAUUUGUCUUUUGUAAGAGAAACAUCUACUAUGUACCUUGGGAGAAUAAAACUCUUGAUAGAGACCCUUUAGGUUAAAGAUGGAAAGAGAGACCCUUUAAUGAAAAGACUUGACUAUCCCAAUUGUCAAUGCCCUCUGGCCAAACCCCACCAGGAACAUCCCUGUAGCGCCACAAAUUGGAUUUGUUACUCACUAUAACAGGGAACAGGGAAGGGUCUCCGCAGCAUGAUAAAAAGGAGCUGGGCUUGUGUUAUGGCUGUUGAGGAAUUAGGAACCGUCCCUCCUCUGUAUCAAAUGUUGUUGCAGAAUAGGGGUAUUCUGAUUGGACAUUGUAAUGUAUUUUAUUACUGGCAAAGAAGCAGCAAUCCUCAUAUCAGCCAGCGCUGGGGGAUGUUUGGUCAAUUUUGUUCCUAGGACAGUGUUCACGUUCCCUGUUGAGAUAUGACUACAGAGUCGUCUUGUUUGAUUUUGUUCCGUCACAGA